AUGGAGUCUACCCAAAGCAGUUUUGUCCUUGUAUCUCCGCAGAACAGGAUUCUUAUGGAGUCACAGGGCAGCAGUCACGAUAUUUCGUCUACCGAGAGCAGUUUUGUCUUGGUGUCUCCGCAAGACUGUCCUGCUAUUGAUUCUUCGGGAAAUAGUCAGGUUGACAAUUCUACCGAGAGCAGUCUCGUCAUCAUCGAAGAUUACCUUAAUGUUAACCCACUGCCCCCCUCAACACCCGGGGAAUACUGUGGCAUCCAUGAGUGGGAGAUACUCAAGUCAUCCAGCAAGGGUGCAACAACAAGCCAGUUAGUCGCUGCGCUUGACAUCGUCACGGACUUACUCGACAAGGAAGACAUCCCUUAUGCCGUCAUGGGAGGUUUCUCUCUCCAACUUCGCGGAAUGCAGGGUGUUCGUCGAAACGUCGACUUGGCGGUUCCGUUAUCCAUCCUCGACGCUGACCAGAGUGCAUGGCUUACCAUCUUCAAGGAUGAGCUGAGGAUCCUUCGCCCGUCAGUUUUCCUCUCAGGAGUCAAAAAUAUCACAAAAAAGACCCUCUUUGUGCAGAUGGGUACUGGUGGUAAUCCUAAUAACAACGUCGACAACGACAACAACAACAACGACGACAAUAGCAUCAACGCAGGUACUCGUUGGGUGCGCGUCAAUUUUUGGUUUGUCAGCAGCCAUGUCCAUGAGCAGCACCCAUCCAACUACAAUGACAGUGACAGUGACAAUGACACGACCCAGAACCAGAACCAGAACCUUAACCUCCACCAAGCCCACCUUCCAGUACUCUCCGACUUUGAACACGAAAGGAAUCUCGUUGCAUUUUCCUCACCCCUCUCCCCCAACAGCAAGCAGUAUUACUGUCUAAAGCUCAUUUACAUCCUUCACAACAAGCUUUGCAUGAUCAAACAACAGUCAUCGUCAUCAUCAUCUUCCCCUUCUUCUAUUUCCUCUUCGACAAAACGAGACAUAGCCGACGUGUCAUACAUCCUCUCCAUGUCCUCCUCUUCACAACAACAACACCUAGCAGACACUGCAGACAUGGAAGAAGUAAGUCACCAAGUUAGGUAUAUCAUCGACAUCCCCAUGGACCUUCGCACAAAUUUCGUACAAUGUUAUAAUGUCAUUUCUCCGAACGACCUCAUGACGGAUUUCUUCGCACGGGCGUUGUGGGUGGGAGGAGAAGCAGAGGGGGAUUACCUUUGGGAUAGAUGGACAAAAACGGCCGUACCUCUACAAAAGAAGAGCAAUGGCGAGGGUGAGGAGGGGAGCAAGACAUUGGAGCCGGGGCCGGGGCCGUGGCCGGUGGUACCUGAGAACGACAACAAGGGAGGAGGAGGAUCAUGGUUUUGGACAAGGUUCUUUCGUCAUCGAUGA